AUGGGUGGCGCUUCCAUGUCGGCAUCGCUUCUGGGGCUGAAAGCGGAGCUGGAGCGGACGAGGGCGUCUGCCGCUGCCCCGCGCCGUACGUCCUCCUCCAAGCCGCCUAAGGUCGCAGCCAAAGCGCGGUCCUUACACUCACCGCCGCGGGAUGACGAGGUUUCGCACAAUCAAGUGCGGCGCAGUCUGGAGCGCAAGGCACGCACAUAUGCACAACUCUCAUCCGGCAAAUACGCAGGCGUUUCCCAAGCUGCACUGCUCGAAAGCAGUAUCGACUGGACGCGCAAAGUGCACGAGCACCAGUCAUCGUCGCCGCCCGAAAGCGCCGAUCACGACGCAGAUCCGAUGGUGGAGUACAUCGACGAAUUCGGUCGCACUCGUGUCUCGCAUCUGAGCGAAAUUCCACGCCACCUCCUACCCCGGGAGGAAAAAGAGGAGGAGGAGGAUGGCACUGUGAUCUACGGACCGGCGCAGAGCUUUCCUGUGUAUACACCCGCGCCUCGAGUUGCAGCGAAGAAGUUCGAUGCGCGGCAGGAGAUGCGGUAUCGCGGAGCAGCAUUCUACCGCUUCUCAACCGACCAGCUGCAGCGAGAACGACAGAUGAACGAGCUUGCACAACAACAUUCACACACCCAGGCGAUACGAAGCACCACUCAGCGGAAAGGGGGAACGUCAUUGCUCAAAACAAGACUCGCUCAACGAGCGCACAAGGUCCACGAUGAACGCCUACGCAUCCUAGGCCCCGCAGCUGUCCACCAAAGAAGCCAGCGCAUCCAACAGGCUAGACUCGCCGCACUCCUACCAUCCACCUAA